GAAGAUCGCGGUGAUGGGACGCCUUCUACGAGUACAUUGGCAAGACAAGAAUCCUCGCCAAUGACCAAAAGGACCUCCAAGGAGAAUGCUCUUCCUGUUUAUAUGGGAAAGAAGAUCAUGAGCACUGUGACUUUGAUGAUGGCGAUGACCUCUCGGCUACUACUUCAUCUGCACCUUGAAGGACGUGAUGGACUAUGGGAGGUUUCCUGUGCACCUCAUUCGUGGAUGAGCACUGUGGCCCUUGAACACGGCCUUCAGCCGCGUACUAUCAAUCUGCCAUCUGGCUAUGACUUGAACAAGGAGGCCACUUGGCAACAUCUACGUGAACUACGUCAGCAGCGUCGUCCCUCACGCAUAUGGUUCUCCUUGCCCUGCUCUAAGUGGAGUACCUGGAACAACAUGAACUACAACAGUCCCAAGGACCGAGAGCGAUUGUCAAGCUACCAACGACGUGAUCGCCGUAUGUUAUGGUGGAUGAAUGCUUUUGUCAAGGAAACCUUGCUGGAAGAUCCCACGGUGCAGAUCUACUUUGAGUGGCCGUCCCAGUGUCAGGGAUGGAAACAGACUCCCAUGAUGGACUUGGCAGCCUUCCUGGAGGAGCACGGUGUCCCCUGGCUACCCUGUCGCCUGGAUGGAUGCAAUUAUGGGAUGAAGAAUCCCCAGGACGGUCUCUUCGUGAAGAAACAAUGGAUGGUGAGAACUACAGAUGAAUGCUUUCACAAAAGCUUUCGUGCCAAAGUUUGCCCUGGAUGCCAUGGACGACACAGCACUGGUGUGAUCAGAUGGCUCCUAGGCGACAUCACCAACUACUACAACUACGGCAAGAUCUUCCCAGACAGCGAGUUUAUACCAGAGGGUGAUCUUCAAGGUCUACAGUUCCGCAUACAAGAUGGCGUGACGGUGGUGGACGAGGUGGUCUAUGGCUGUCCGGAACGACCUCUACUACGAGUACAGUGGUGCGACGACGGAUUCCAGAUGGGCGAGUACUACCUGGACGAGUGGAUAGCCAUUUCAGCUUACACUACACGACUGGCAACACAACUGGACGAAUCCCAACGCAAGUGCCUACGACAACUUGGCUUUCCGCAGCUGGCCAUCCUACCAAUCGCAACCUGGCCCGGAUUGUCGAAGAAGCUGGCCAUGAAAAGUGGAAGAUAG